ACUUAGUGGAUAUUCACCUUGUCAGACUUAUUUAUCCACCUAUUUUAUUGAUUUUAUACAAUUUUAUUUUUAUUUUUACUUUUAGAAAUAAAAAUGUUACUUUUAUAAUUUUAAUCUAAAUGCAAUACUAUCCAAAUUAAUUGUUAGUAAAAUGUCAGCUUAUAAUUUUAGUGGUCCUGCUGAGAUAUUGAGAGCUGAACAAAAAGACGAAGAACUAUGUGAGAGAAUUAAUAGACAUAUUACUGAUUUUUUAUUAAAAUAUAAAGGACAUAUUUAUAUCAAUAAAAACAAAAAUUCUAUACUUUCUACAUCAAAAAUUUUGUAUUAUGGACUCACAACUUUAUCAAGACUCCAAACUUUAGGUGAAGAAUAUACAAGAAUUAUUCAAGUUAGAAGUUCUGGAAAACAUGUUCCGAGUGUUACACAAACUAUUGGUAUGAUAUCAGUUCAUAUAUUUGGUCAUCAAAUAUUAGAAUAUUUAUUAAGUUACACUAUAAAAUAUGUAAGAAAAAAUGAACAUAUAACACACACAGCUAAAAGUCAAAUACUUUAUUCUUUAAAUGUAUUUAAAUCUAUUCUACCUCUUAUACAAAGUUUAAAUAGAAUAUUAUUCUAUUGGAAUUCUAAUUUCUAUACAUGGGCUAAAAGGAUUUUUAAUAUCCGAUAUAUUUUCGCUGUUCCAUGGUAUCAUUCUGAAAAACAACUUCAUGUUUUCAAAAUACUUAGUAUACUUUCAGCUAUACAUGUUGGUGUACUAAUUAUUAUAACUUUGUUUAAUAAUAAACAAGUCCUAUCACAAAGUGAAGGAAACUUAACACCAACAACUACAUCGUCAAUAUCUAAAUGUUCACUCUGUUUGGAAAAAAGAACUAACACUUCAUUAACUGUUUGUGGUCAUCUGUUUUGCUGGAAUUGCAUACAUGAAUGGUUACAAACUAAUAAAUUUUGCCCUUUGUGUCGCAAAGUACUUGAUCCAAGGAAAAUAAUACCAUUGCAAAAUUAUACUUAAGUAAUAUUUUAAAUAUUUAUGCAUUCAUGUGUUUUACUAUUUAUUCUACAUUCUUCUUUUCCUUAACUAAAUGCCAAUAAUAGAUAUCUUAACUGAGUCAGCUACCUUAACCAUCUUUAAUAAAUUUCUCUUCAAAUCUGGAUUUAUUUUUCUUCUUCCAAAUUAAUUUUGAAAAAACUCUUGCCUUUUUAUCUCAUUCCUUAAAACAUGAUUUGACCAUCUUUGUCUAAUUUCUAUAUCACAUGAUGAUUUAAAUUAUUUUUUUUAAUAAAUUGAUAUGUUUAAACUUAAAGGGUGUCUUUAGUCUUUUGGAAUGUUUAGAGUUUAACUCCAUAAGGAAAAUUUAAAACUUGGCUUUGAAAAUUAUGACAGUUGGGAUGGUAAAAUAUAUAUUUGAUGUAACAAACGAAUUAAACAUCAGUUAAAUUAACUAAAAUUUAAUUAAACAAAUAGCUUAUUUUGAAAUUUAGUAUUGAUAUUUAUAUGUUAUAUGUCUAUUGUUAUAUUUAUAUACAUUUUUAUUUAAAAAAAUUAUUAUUAAAAAAUAUGUUUUACACUUUUAUUGAUUAAAGCUUGUUUUUUUUAAA